AUGUCCACCGGCUCGGGGAGCGACGCCGAGGAGAUGGAGCUGCGGGAGCUGCAGCGCGGGUACCCGGUCCCCGUCUCCAAGAGGCCGCCCCUCCGCGGCGCCGAGCGCAGCUACAUCUCGCCCAGUGACAACUCGUCCGCGGAGGAGGAAGACCCCGACGUCGAGGAGGAGCGCUGUGCGCUGGGCGCGGCCGGCGGCGCCGGAGGCUGCAAGAGGAAGCGGCCCGGGGUGGCGGGGGGCGGCGGUGGCAAGAAGCCCCUCCCGCCCAAGGGCUCGGCGGCCGAGUGCAAGCAGUCGCAGAGGAACGCGGCCAACGCCCGCGAGCGCGCCCGGAUGCGCGUGCUGAGCAAAGCCUUCUCCAGGCUCAAGACCAGUCUGCCCUGGGUGCCCCCCGACACCAAGCUUUCCAAGCUGGACACGCUCCGGCUGGCUUCCAGUUACAUCGCGCACCUGCGGCAGCUGCUGCAGGAGGACCGCUACGAGAACGGCUACGUGCACCCGGUGAACCUGACAUGGCCAUUUGUGGUCUCGGGACGACCCGACUCCGACACCAAAGAAGUUUCCGCAGCCAACAGAUUAUGUGGAACCACCGCUUAGAUCGAACUCGAACUCACUUGAAGGAAUUAUUGGUUAAGCGAGUGUGUUUGGGGGUCAGGGAGAGAAGGGAGAGAGCGUGAGAACCCCCGAGAAUGGGAGGACAGUUCCAUUGGAUUCUCCUAGACUCCCACCCCGGGACUGUGAACUCGACAGGUGGCGGGCGUGGGGUGCAGAGCCCCAGGGUUCCGCGGCGCGGCCGUCAUCGCAGGAUGCGGUCGGCUAGGCUGCCGCGGGUUUGGGCGACGACACUUUACACGCGGACCCCGCUCCAACC